UAAUGAUAUAUAGCAAGAGAUUCAUGGACUGACUGUGAGGAGUGAUUUAAAGAAAGCCCACCAGGGGCUGGGAACUCCUCCUUACAUUUGAACAGUUCAAUGGAGACCUUGAGAGUGGAGUUGAACAUGUCUGUGGAUGAAGGGGCAGCAAAGACCCCAGGAUUGCAGAGGGGAGAGCAAAACACCCCCAACGUCAAAUUGUGGACAGAUCUGGGGGAAACAAAAGCCCCACAGCUUGUAUGCAUUGAGGGGAUUGGAGAAUCACAAGCUACGGUCUAUCCACGGCAGCUGAAACGUGAACCAGAAGAGGAGCUUCAGGAAUGCUGGGAAGCCCAGUGGCAGGAGUUCCUCCAGACAUUGCGGGCCCCUCACUCAGGAUGGGGGAAUCCUCAGGUAUCAGAGGGGCCCUCACCAUGGGAGGAUGCCAAGGCCUUCCUGGCCUCCUUUGAGAAAGUAGCCUCAGCCUGCCGGUGGCCUCUGGACAAGUGGGUGACCCUGCUCUUGCCAGCCCUCAGCGGAGAAGCCCAGCAGGCCUUCAACGGCCUCAGUGCCCGGGACAGGGGAGACUACGGGAAGGUGAAGGCGGCCAUCUUGCAAGGGGAGGCCACUUUGAGGGAGAAGCAGCGCCAGCACUUCAGGCAGUUCUGCUACCAGGAAGUGGAGGGGCCCAGAGGCGUUUACGGCCGGCUGAGGGAACUUUGCCGCCAAUGGCUGAGAGCGGAGAGACACACCAAGGAGGAGAUCUUGGAGCUGCUGAUCCUGGAGCAGUUCCUGACAGUCUUGCCCCAGGAAAUGGAGAGCUGGGUCAGGGAAGGCAGGCCUGAAACCUGCAGCCAGGCAGUGGCCUUGGCAGAGAAUUUCUUGUUGCAGCAGCAUAAUAUGGUGAAACAGGAAGGAGAGCUUCAGAUGUCUCGGCCUCAGGGGAUCAUAACAGCUGUGGAUUCCUCUGAGGCCAGCCAGGCAGACACCUGGCAGAGGCAGGUUUGCCAGGCCACUGAACAGGCGAGAAAAGGAGUUGAUGGGCAAAUGCGCGAGAACAAGAUGAAGGAGCCUCAUCGUGGAUGUUCUGUGCAGGUGGCACCAGAAAAGCGCUCCUUGGAAAGAGGCGACAUAUUCCAGUAUCACAACAAGGCCGCAGGUCUUCAGAUUCUGCGAGAGUUGGAAAAGGAGCAGGGAAAGGAUGCGACAAAGAGUCUUGCCGAAACUCCUUCUUGUUGGGAAGGGGGCUCUCGGAAAAAAGUGGUCAUAGCCCAGAAUAACACCUUGCAUGGCAAGGGAGAAAAGGCCCAGAGUGACUUCAGAGGAGACUCAGACAUUCGGAUAAUCCACCUUGUUGAGAAACCACGGCAAUUGCAGUACCGAGUGGAAACCUUUGGUGAAAGCUCAACCCAUGUGGCAAGGGAGAGAAGCCCCCAGGGAGAGAAGCCGCAUAAGUGCACCUACUGUGGGAGGAGCUUCUGUCAUAGUGCAAGUCUCGCAGCACACGAGAGAAUCCACACAGGAGCACUUGAAACCGAGGGACAUCGCCUUCAGCAGGAAAGCCCAGAACAACUGGAGCUAAGGGAGGCACUGUUGAGAAGAGGCAAGGUUUCGCGUCAUGGCAAAGAGGGAGUGAGGCCUGCGGGUCAGCAGGGGAUCAGGCCAGAGAGGAACGUGGAUGGAGCUCUUCCCAGUAAAGGAGGCGGCUUGGGGUGGGAAGAGGGCAACGGUCACCAGAGGCUCCACCACUGCCAUUGCGGAAGGAGCUUCAAGCACCGCUGCAACCUGAAAGCCCAUGAGCGGACCCACACUGGAGAAAGGCCCCACAAGUGUUUGGACUGUGGGAGGAGCUUCGGCAAGGGUUCCACGCUCCGGGCUCACGUGAGGACUCACACCGGGGAGAAGCCAUACAUGUGCUCCACCUGCGGGAAAAGGUUCACAACCAGGUCGGGCCUCCUGACCCACGAGAGGAUCCAUACAGGGGAGAGGCCCUAUAAGUGUUCGGACUGUGGGAGGAGCUUCAUCCAGAAGUCCUGCCUCCUGGCCCACGAGAUAAGCCACAAAGGAGAGAAGUCGUACAGCUGCCCCGACUGCGGGAAGAACUUCGGGCACAGCUCAGGCCUUCGCGUGCAUAGGAGAAUCCACUUGGGAGGGAGAACCACGGAGAAGCUCUGUGAUGGACGGGUGCGUGAGAAUAAGAUGAAGAAGCUUCGGGAGCAACAUAAACACCAAAUAAUGCAUACAGGAGAGGAUAAAUAUAAGUGUUCAGAAUGUGGGAAAACCUUCAGCCGGAGCACCAACCUUCUAGUACAUGAAAGAACCCACACUGGAGAGAAACCAUACGAGUGCUCCAACUGUGGGAGAAGCUUCACCCACAGUUCAAAUCUUAGGGCACAUGAGAAAAUCCACACAGGAGAAAAGCCGUACACAUGCACAAACUGUGGCCAGACCUUCUAUCACAGCUCGAGCCUUACAGCGCAUGAGAGAAUCCACACAGGGGAGAAUGUACACAGGUGCCCACACUGUGAGAAGGUCUUCACUCGUAGCUCAGUUUUUAGGAAACACAUGAGAAUCCAUACAGGUGAGAAACCGUUCAAGUGCUCUGACUGUGGGAAAAGUUUCUCUCAGAGGUGCAAUCUUAUUAUCCACGAGAAGACCCACACAGGAGAGAGACCCUUUAAGUGCUCCGAUUGCGGGAGAAACUUCAGUCGAAAAUGUGACCUCAUCGCACACGAGAGAAUCCACACAGAGGAGGACCCAUACAAGUGUCCGCACUGCGGGAAAAGCUUCUCUCAGAAGUCCAACCUUGUCAUACAUGAGAGGAUCCAUACAGAUGAGAAUCCGUAUCCGUGUCUGCACUGUGGGAAACGCUUCCGUCAGAAGGGGAACCUCAUGACGCACGUGCGGAUCCACACAGGAGAGAAGCCAUACCACUGUUUGGAUUGCGGGAGGAGAUUCAGUCAGAAGGGCAGCCUCACAUCACAUGAGAAAACCCAUUCAAGAGAGAAAAGGACUGUCUAAAAGCUUAACUUGCAUGCAGGAAGUCAGGACUUGAUAUUUUUCAGCCUCAGGUGGAAGUUACCUGGUUUAGUUUUCUGGCUUGGGGG